CCCAGUAUGCCCUCAGACCAGGAUCCAUAUGCACAGUUACUAGCAGAGAACUAUGAAAGAACAGUUAUAGACAGUUCAUUUAUAUAAAAAAUUCGAUGACAUUUGACUGGUAAACAAUGUAAUCAAGAAGGGAGAGGGGAGGGGGGAGAGAGAUUAUCCAAUCAAGGAUUGUCAGAAACACAUGGCAAGCAACUUACAAUUUGUUUUUUUUGUUGAGGCGCACCAUGGCAGCUCGUUCAAGCUACAAUGAGGAGAGGAACCUCCUUCGCAUCCAAGAGCGGGAGCGGCGGAAUCAGGGAACCUUCCAGGAAAAGGAGUUCUACCAGGAGACCGUUCCCCUGUUCGGGGAACCCUAUAAGACGAACAAAGGAGAUGAGCUGUCCAGCCGUAUCCAGAGGAUGCUGGGUAGUUAUGAGGAUGUGAACAAUCCCAACACUCACCAGUGUUUGGACAGCAGCUUCUCUAAGGGGCCUCAAUCUCAUGUCACCACAAAGUAUGGGCGGCCAUCUCGCAGCCGAGACCGAGCGAAGCCUCCAUUCCAGAACCCUCCUCAGUACGGGGCAAGCCAGAACCAGAGUGGUGGUCCGCCCCAUGGUAGCCACUCUGGCCAGCCUCUGAAGAAGAUCCACGGUCCUUCCUCCUCCUAUACCCAGUCCUCCCUGAGUCUCAGCCAGGGCCAGGCCUGCCCAGACCCACACCAGAGAAAGAUUGAGCUCUGGCCAGACCUGAGGGAGUGUGCCAGUCUUCCUCCAGUCCUCUCCGCCCUGUCCCCCCCAGCCGAUCCCCUAUCCCCCCUACAUUCCAGUGACCCCAGCGACUCUGAACACCAGGACUCCCCCCUGCACCCUGAGAGGCACCCGGCCUCUCCCCUACACCCCGACUCACACUUCCCCAUGGUGUCCCCCCUGGAUGACCCCCAGAGAGACAUCCCGCCUCCGGCCAUCGAUGGGGCAACCCUACCCUCUCAGACCUUCCCUCCACCACUGGCCUCCAAACCCAACCUGGUUAUGCCCCAGAAGCCAACAGCCUACGUCCGGCCCAUGGACGGCCAAGACCAGGUGACCAGCGAGUCUCCGGACCUCAAGCCCUCUCCAGAAGACUUCCAUGGGCAGUCUUAUCAUGAACCCUUACCAGACUUGAAAAGCACCAAGCCCAGCCUUUCCAAACUGAAGAUACCAUCACAGUCUAUAGAGACGCUGUCACAUGAAGCUGACUGUGUGGAAGACAUUCUGAGGGAAAUGACCCACUCCUGGCCUCCUCUCCUGACUGCCAUCCAGACGCCCAGCACAGUUGAGCCCUCCAAGUUCUCCUUCCCAGUCAAGGAAGCACAGCAUGUCCCACCUGCGUCUCCAGGACAAAAACACUAUGGAUCACCUCCACUAGCCCCGCCCUCCAUCUGUCAACAGAGCUCAUGUACGGUUACAGCAGCACAUUCCAGUGGGGUGGAGUCAGCCAGCUCCAGUGACUCUGAGAGCAGCUCCGGGUCGGAGUCAGGCAGUGAGAGCAGUGAGAGUGGGACAGAGGCCCCCCCACAGCCCCUCAGGAGUAGUAGCCCACCUGUGACAAAGACGGAGGGCCCCGUGGUGACUAACUGGCAGUUGAACAACUGGAUCAGAGUGAGCCAGCAGAACCCCAGCACAGAGAGCCAGAGUGACGCUCUACUGAGCCCUCUACCCAAACAGCAGCAGAGCCAUGAGGAGGAGGCCAUUCCUCCCAGGGACUACAAAUCCCACACACCCCCACGUCGCUCAGAGUUCAGUGACGGCGAAGCCAAACCUCAACGCAGUGAAGAAGCUGCCCACAACCAGCAUGUCCAACACAAGUCCCCGGCCGCCUCGCACGUUGGGAACAGCAGCAGCCAGAGAAAGACAGUGGGGAACAAACACCCCUCCAGACCAGCCAAGGCUCCCCGACCUGAAGACCCUCAGGCUGGGUUACAGGUGGAGAGUGUGGAGGUGGUCCCCCGUGACAAAGACACCUCGUUCACAGACAAGCCAAAGGUCAAAACGAAAACCGGCCACAGCAAUAGCAAGAGCAGCGGAGCCAAAACAAACAGCAGGAAGCCUGCCAAGCGUGGCACCUCUGAGAAGAAGACCGAACAACCAGAGUCACAGGGUGGCCCCAAGGUGACUCUGGUGCUGGACUGUAAGCGGGAGAAGUCUCCUAGUCCCAGUCCUGCCCAGGAGGUAGACCAGCCAGCCCCAGCUGUGGUGAAGACCAUCGGUGUCAGGACGGAGACCCUCCCGGCCCCUCAGAAGGGCCAAAAGAAGCCCCGGCGCCACUCUCUAGACCCAGCACACAAGGCCAAACGGGAGUCCUCAGCCAAAGCUUCCAGGGUCUGCCAAGGUCCUCCACGAGCCCUGCUGGUAAAGAUAGAAUUGAGCCUGCUGUCCAGGGUUCCCUCCCAGGGCUCCAGGCCUUCUUCAGGGGGCCAGGAGCCAGCCAUCAGGAAGGGACCCAACACGGCCCCAGAGAGGGUGGACACCAACCCCGCUGCCCCCAUCCCUACCAAAGUCUGCAAGAAGAGACCGGCUGAGAAGGAUGUGAAAACCGUGCCAAGGAAGAAGCCAAAGCUGCAGAAAGAUCUUAAACCCUCCACUUCAGGUCCUGGUUCCCGCAAGUCUGAGACUGAGAGGAAGCGGUCUAAGGGGGCUCCUGUCCCUCUGCUGCAGCCCACCACCACUCAGGACCCUGGGAAAGGGCAGGGGGGCCACAAACGGCAUGCGGUGGAAGCCCCAGAGCCUAGCACAGCACCUGCAGCCCACCGCAGGGACAGGGAGGCCUCCACACCUGUCAAGCACAAGAAGAGCACUGGAAAACAACGCACAGAGCAUGCCAAGAAAGGCCUCAAGAGCAGUGUUGCCUUCUCCGUGCCUUCCCAGCCCACCGGGGCCGCCCUGUCCUCCAGACCCCUGCUCCAGUUCGAAGAGCGGCAGCAGCCAGUGGAGUAUCACAUGAAGGAAGCCAAAACACUCAAGCACAAGGCAGAUGCCACGCCGGAUAAGGUGGGCAAAGCUUUCAACUACCUAGAUGCUGCCAUGUCCUUCGUGGAGAGCGGCAUCGCUAUGGAAACCGAUCCCCAGACCCCGAAGUCGGCGUAUACGAUGUUCGCUGAAACCUUGGAUCUGAUCAAGUUCAUACUGAAACUAAAGGGCUCUGUGAACCCCUCGGCUCCUGCUACAGACAAGGACUUUACAGUUUUAUGCAUGAGGGGCCUGUCCCUUCUACAGAUGGCCAUGUUUCGCUACAAACGAGAAGCAGCACUUAAGUAUUCAAGGACCCUGACAGAUCAUUUCAAGAGUUCUAUAAAGUCUGCAACCCAGGCUCCUUCACCAUGUGUCUCAAAAAGCACAGGUACCCCAUCCCCCAUGUCUCCCAUGCCGUCUCCUGCCAGCACAGCCAGUUCUGGGCCGGGCUCCAACCACAGCAGCGGGGCGGGGUCAGGCACCGUCAGCACCGUGGCCAUUCCACAGGUCAUCCAGCAGGUGGCGUCUUCCUACGUCAACAUCACGGCACUCUUCCUGAGUGCUCACGACAUCUGGGAGCAGGCUGACGAGCUGGCCCACAAAGGCAGUGGUUUGCUGUCUGAGUUGGACUUGGCUCUGGGCCCGUUGAGCCUGACGUCCACCAUGAGCUCUUUGGUGCGUCACACACGGCAGGGACUGCAGUGGCUCCGACUGGACACCCGUGAGGCACAGUGACCGCUUCUCAGCCCUGCCCUGUCGACAAUGCCUAGCCCAGCCCUGGAUUGCCUAGCCCUGGCUUUCCCUGUCCGCGACAUCCUUCUUGGUUUUAUUUAUUGACGGGAUGAUGAAUGCAGGAUCCCAAGUCCCUCUACAAGUUGUUCACAUGGAUACCAAGUCACCUUUUUUCUCUCAACUACAUAUAUCUAUAUAUAUAUAUAUCACACACACACACACACACACACGGAUUACAUGCAUUUUCGGGUCCCUGUCCUCUGUUGAUCACAUUGAAGGGUUCAUCAACAAACAACUAUCACAUCCUCUGGAGCUCAGGGGGGGCUGAUGGAGGCGGAGCUGAAUAGGACUUCCUCCCUUUCUCAACAACGAUCCACACAGCCAGCUGACUGGCCCUGCCACCCCUCUGGGGGUCAGUAGGGGUGUCUCCCCGUGGCCUGCCCCACCCCUCUGGGGGUCAGUAGGGCUGUCUCACUGUGGCCUGCCCCACCCCUCUGGGGGUCAGUAGGGGUGUCUUCCCAUGGCCUGCUCAACCCCUCUGGGGGUCAGCAGGGCUGUCUCACUGUGGCCUGCCCCACCCCUCUGGGGGUCAGUAGGGGUGUCUCCCCGUGGCCUGCCCCACCCCUCUGGGGGUCAGUAGGGGUGUCUUCCCGUGGCCUGCUCAACCCCUCUGGGUCCUGUCUGUCUUGGAGGUCAGUGAGGCCAUGUCCCUGUGGGAUGGUUGUCUGAAGAUACCUGCUUUUUUUUGGUUGUGGUUCAGAGAGGCCUCUCACCUUUCUCCUGUGGUAAUGCAAAGCAGUAUUGACAAAAGCUUAUUUAUUAGCCUAAUUAUCAUGAUCUUUAUUAUUAUAUCACUUUAAAUAUAUUGUUUCAAUUAAGUUUUUUUUAUUUUUGAUUAAAAGCGUUGAUAUGGCCAAUUUUGUUUUACUUCACAACCAACUAAAAAGUCCUAUAGAAGUGAAGGGAUCUAUCCAUCCAAGACACGUCUAUAAUAAUACUGUUCGAAUUCGGCAGGAUAUAGUUAGUAUGUCUCUGCUGUACCAUAAAGUAUUAUAAAGUGACUAGAUGCAUUGUCCUGAAAUAUGGGACGUCAGUAUUCUUGAAUGGAGACAAAGAUAGUCCUUGAUGCUUUUUUUUUGUGAAGAUAUCUUUUUCUUUUUUUCUCCCCCAUUUUUCUCUUGGAAAGAGAUGGAUUCUACGUGUCAGGGGGGCGGGUCCACUAUGUUCAAUCAGUCAUAACAGAAAUAUGAUUUGAGUUGGAUUUUGUACUUGCUUUCCUUUUCUUUUUUUCUUUUUUGUCAACAACUGCUCAUCUAAGACAUUAUAGAUAAGAAAACCAAAUGGUCUGAUUUGACCAGUAACCCUGGUCCUUACUCUUCAGACAGGAAGCAGGAAGUAACUACCUCAUCUUCACUGCACAUGGGAAGCAGAGCAACGCUGUCUGAUGGAGGCAGAGAGAGAGAGAGAGAGAGAGAGAGAGAGAGAGAGGGACCUGUGGCCUAAUGUGAUGGUUGAGAGCGUUUUCUCUAGUUCUGUAAUCUAUCCAGCAUACAUGCUUUUUAACACUCAGGCUGAAGCUGCGCAUCAAACCAGUUUUUAUACAGACGUCGUUCAGUAGAAAUUAAAGUACCUUAGAUGUUGUUUUUUUUUUUUUAAGGACACUUGCCGUCUGUCUUCCCAAAUGGAAUACUUAUUGAAUAUAUCAUCAUCUUGUAUUGAUCAUUGACAAAGCAAGUCCCAUUUAACUGAAGUCAAAAGUGGAUUUAGUAUGUGGGUAGGAGUUUUGAAAAGCAGGAUACUCAUCCCUUUACGAACAGCCGUGACUGUUGGAAAUGAUUCACUGUAGGACUGGCAACCUGUGAGGGAGCGUUGACUGGCUGUUUAGUUUACAUCCUUUGCGUAGCUCUGGUGUCACAUCUUGUGCGUACAUACAAUAACGGCCCGUGUCAUUAGAAAAUAACACUUAUCAACACAUCUAAAUGAUUGCUGGGUUGUUGUUUUUCGUAUGAUAGUCGAAAAUACAGUUUUAUGUACCACACAGGUCAGCAGAAGUGACUGGGCAAAUGAUUGGCUAAAUCUUACAACUGGUCUUUGACCCUAUUGCCCAUUUUUAUCUCUUCAGUACCUAUUACCACCAUUUUUAGACCACACAACUCCCUAGAUGACAAGAUGUGCGUCCCAAAUUGCACCCUAUUCCCUAAUAUAUAGUGCACAUUUUUUUUUUUUUUACCAAGUAGUCUACUAUAUAGGGAACAGGGUCCAAUUUGGACAUAGACUGUCUUUUAGAGGAGUAUUAAUUUUUAUCAUGGACAUUUAUCUUCAUUGUGUGUGUUCAGCACCAUCUAUUCAUUGAGAUCAAAUAUUACCAGACCUAGACAAUGCCUUUCUGUAGAAUGAAUUGACAUAAUUUCCCUUUAAAGCGCCCUGUUCAAUUUCUGUAGAAUGAAUGACUUGGUAUUUGUUUUUCUGAUAAAAAAAAGAAAAAAAAGUAAGGGUUUGAUGGUAUUACAAUUACACACUUGUAUUUGAUUAAAUCAGUGGUUUAUUUAAUGUUUAACGGAUGUUAUUGAUGGCGAAAUACUGGCGAUCCUCAUGAUUUUGUAUCAGUCAAUCAAUAUUCUGAUAUUUUAAGCCUAUACAACCCUGCCUCUCUCUCUCUCUCUCUCUCUCUCUCUCUCUCUCUCUCUCUCUCUCAUUUCAGCAUUAACACAACAAUGCUUACAGCAAGAUAAAAACCAACGUGUGUCAUUUGCACUUGUUUCCGUGUAUUUUUCAGUUUCCUCCAGGGGUUGGAGUCCUCUUGCUUGGUGUAAAGGCUUUGGUUAAGAGCAAUAAAACAGGGUGGUGAAUGUAAAAUGAUACAUAGAACAUGAGUAAAAUACUGUUUUUGAUGAAAGAUUGGAGAUUGGUUUACAUCACCAUGCUUUGCUUAAAAUUGACUAAAUCUGUGCCGUUUAGGUUAAAUGAAUUGUUUUAUUGUUACUAUACUGUAAAAGAAAAAGAAAUUGGAGCUCACUGGAAAAGCUAUUUCUAUUGGAGUACAAAUAUAUAAGGGUUACACAUGAAACCACAAAAUAAAAAUGCGUUUGUAUUUAUUUUAUCACAAAUAUGAACCGUAUGAAUAGAGUAUACUGGUACCAUGGCUUUUUUUUUUUUUUAAAUAUAUAUAUUUAAAAAAUCCCCCUCCAAAGUAGGGUGCUUUGUAAGUAAUCAAUCAUACUUUGAGUUACCCAACUUGGAUGUCAAACUGCACAUGAAAUGGAAAUGUUGUCCUGUUUUGAGAUGACAUUCUACAUUUUGUACUGACUAAAACGUUGCUCUGGUUUCUAUGCCAUGUUACAUGUCCUUUUCAUAUUUUUGAAGCUUUAUUGUCAUGCUUCAUUUCAAUCUUUUUUCUUUUUUUUUGCGCUUCAGUUAUAGGUAUUUUGUGUGCAGAAUUAUAAUUAUUGUCCAUAAAUAUAUGAUAUCACGCUAAAAGGAACAACAUCACCUUGGUCAUUUACUGGGAAAAUGUGCAGAAAUCUUUUGUAAUUAAACUUUUUUGCCUUGUGGAAAUAUGUAAAUAGUUUGAGCUGCAAUGUACAGAGAUGUAUAAAGACUGAUUGACAAUGAAUUUUGGUUUUCUUUUGACUCAAGUUUUCCCAAAGAUGCUGUUUUGCAGACAUUUUGUAGCUUGGCUGCUGAAGAUGAAUUGUGGCUCAACAGUAUAUUCAGACCUCUGCACUGUAAAAUGUUUGAGGCAAUAAACUUUGGGGGACAAUG